AUGGGCUUUGGCCCCGGCUGGGGGCCCAAGUGGGUGACUGUGGGGUGUGGACCUGAGAGCCUCCUGGGCCUGAGAACCACCUGGAGUUAUGUUUAUCAACCUACAUGGUCUGUUGGAAAGGCAUCACCCCAACCCUCCACCACCAAUAAGCAGAGAAUGAAGAAGAUGGAGAAGCUCAAAAGGUUUCUCCAGAAGAUCAAAAAUGAGAGAGACGAACUCCAGGGAAUCCUAGCCAAUUACACUAACAAGGAUUUGAACAACAGAAUCAAAAUUAGGACAUUCAUGCUCAAGAAGCAACAUGACCAGGUGAUGACUGACCUGAAGAGAAUGCAUCAGGACAUCAGUGAUGCCUUGUACAAGUGCAAGAAGUUGACUAAAGAAAAUCAAUUCUACUGCAUCAGGCACUGCUACCUCCAGAGUGAAUCUAACCAUCUCCAGCACAAAGUCAGGAUGUUGUGGAAGGAGAACAGACAGUUGCUAGAGGAGCAGAUUGCAUUAGAAGAAUGCUCCAAAGAAUCAAAGAGGCUGUGUAAAGAAGACAGCCUGAAGACCAAUGACCUAUGUACCAAGCAGGAGCAGGUAGGAUGCAUAAAUCAUGAGGAGCAGGUUGCAGUCAUGUCUAACCUUAAACACAUUCAAGCCUAA